AUGUCUGAAAAUAACCCAGUGCCGUCCCAGACGCUACACCCCCAACAGGGUCAGCAGCCCGCUUUCGGAGCGUACAAUCUCUCGGAGCCCGAGGGCGAGGAUGCGCCUUCCUCCGGUCAACAAGACCAACUCCCACAGCUGUCUGGACAAGAAGCAGAUGUUCCAAUGGCGCAUGGGGCCAGGAGCGAGAGGUCGUACAGCGGGGUGGGACUUUCGGGGGAAUUUGAGGAAGAGGACUUUGGUGACAGUCAGUGGCAGGCUGGGGAUAUGUAG